UUUAAUAUAGUGCACGCGUAGCUAAAAUGAGGUUAAGUUGUUUAUUAAUAUUAUGUGGUUGCGUAAUUGUUAGUUCAUAUAAGAGUUAUGAAAACUAUAAAGUGUAUAAUGUAGUUCCAACAACCGAUUUCCAUGUUCAGAUUUUAAGUGAUUUAAGAAAGGAUGGAUAUGAAUACUGGACGGAUGUUAUUGCUGUUGGUAGCAACGUCAGGAUUAUGGUGCCACCAAAUAAGGACGAUGAAUUCGUAGGUUACUGCAAGACAGUCGGAUUGAAUCCAGUUGUCAGCAUUAGCAAUGUACAAAAAUUAAUCGACGACCAAUUAAAACCUCAUGGACAGAUCGAUCGUAGCAACAGUCUCGGGUCUCUUAGCUGGACAAGAUAUCACACACUACAAGAAAUCCACAGCUGGCUCGAUGAGCUAGCAGAGAGCUACCCUAAUAUUGUCACUCCAGCUUCGAUAGGAUUUUCAACAGAAAGACGUCAAAUCAAAGGUGUUAUAAUCGAUUUUAAACCUGGUCAACGAGGAGACGCACCACUUAUUGCGAUGAUAGAAGGUGGUAUACACUCUCGUGAAUGGAUUUCCCCGGCUACGGUCACUUGGAUUAUUAAAGAAUUCUUAACCAGCACCAACACUGAUGUGCGAAAUUUAGCAGAAACAUUUGUUUGGCAUAUAUUUCCGGUCGUAAACCCUGAUGGAUAUGUUUACACCUUUUCAGAUGACCGAAUGUGGAGAAAGAACCGGAACACAGUUAACUAUGUAAAUUGUACGAAUGUUGCCAAUGACUUGAGCAAUGGCAUAGACCUCAACCGGAAUUUUAAUUUCCUUUGGAUGACCACCGGUGCUUCUUCUGAUCCAUGCAUGCAGACAUUCGCCGGUCCCUCAGCGGGAUCUGAAUCUGAGACACAAGCGAUAUCCAACUACGUUCUUACUCUAAAGCAGACUGGAAACUUCAUUUACUAUUUCGCUUUCCAUUCUUAUUCUCAAAUGGUCCUUGUUCCCUAUAGCCAUGCUUCUGGUAGCCAGGUCCUAGAAGCAGAAAAUUACGCGGACAUGUUCGAAAUUGCUAUCCGUGGUGCUGACAAGCUAACUGAAAGACACGGUACACGGUAUACCGUUGGAACAUCAGCUGAUAUUUUAUACGAAGUCAGCGGUUCGAGUUUCGAUUGGGUUAAAGGCGUUGCUAAGAUACCAAUAGUGUAUCUGUUUGAAUUACGAGAUGUCGGUGAAUACGGAUUCCUGCUACCCGCUGAGCAAAUCAUUCCUAACAAUGAGGAAAUUGUCGACUGUCUACUUGAAAUGGAUAGAACGACGAGACGAAUUGGAUACUAUUCCAGUGCCGGUUCUAUGACUAGUUCUAUAAUUAUAGUAUUAUUAAGCACAGCGAUACUUAUUGUGAAGUAAAUAUUAAUUAUAAUUAAUAAACACACUUUU